AUGUUCAAUACUGAAGAGACACUUUCAUUUAAUCGGCCAAGGUUUUGUCCAACAGCCAUUUGGAAUUCCAAUGGAAUCACUUUUGCUGAUCAGUCGAUAGUUGGUUUGAAUCCUUACACCAUUUUUGUAAACACAAACAACACAAUCUAUGCCGUAAAUGGAGAACAUAACACAAUUGUAAUAUGGCAUGAAGAAAGUGUCAAUCCAACAAAAAUCAUUUCUGGUAAUUUUAUAGUACCCGGUUCUCUCUUCGUGACAUCAAAUGGUGAUAUUUACAUUGAUGAUGGUAGUAAGAAUGGUCAAGUACAGAGAUGGCGUGCAGAAACAGGUGCCUUUGCCACGGUGAUGAAUGUCAGUUCACGAUGUGAAGGUUUGUUUGUCGAUAUCUAUGAUACUCUUUACUGUUCAAUGGUUGAUCAUCAUCAAGUAGUGAAAAGAUCAUUAAAUGAUUCUGAGAUGGCUUCAAAUCGAGUUGCUGCUGGGACAGGUAUUGACGGAUCAGACUCAGAUGAACUUGAUGGUCCUGGUGGAAUCUUUGUCGAUGUAAACUUGGAUUUAUAUGUGACAGAUUGUUACAAUGAUCGGGUUCAGUUGUUUCAGUCGGGAGAAUCAGACGGUAUUACAGUAGCUGGACGCACAUCACCAUUUCCAACAGUUCGACUUAGUUGUCCAAAUGGAAUUGUCUUAGAUGUUAAGAAAUAUUUAUUCAUUGUGGAUUUUGGCAAUCAUCGGAUUGUUGGUUCAGGCGUGAAUGGUUUUCGAUGUUUAGUUGGAUGUUAUGGAGAAGGAUCACAAUCCAAUCAAUUGUAUGGUCCAUUCGGUUUUAGUUUCGAUCGUUCUGGAAACAUGUUUGUUACUGAUGCAGAAAAUCAUCGAAUUCAAAAAUUUGAAUAUUUGGAAGAAUUGUGUGGUUUUCCAUCAGUCAUCCAAACACCAUACUCAUCAGCUGUACAAUCGAACUAUCCAUUACAGUUGACUAUGAAUAGUCAAACAUAUUCUCGAGAUUGUCGAAAAUCAAAUUAUUACUAUCAAGCUAUACGAAUGAAAGUGAUGGAAACCGGAUACUAUGCUCUGAGUAGUAAUAGCAGUAUAAAUACAUUUGGUGAUAUUUACAAAGAUGAUUUUAAUCCAAUAAAUCCUUUCGAGAAUCUACUCUCACAAAAUUAUCGAGCAUGUAGUUCUCCAGAUUUCAAGUUCGUCGUUUAUCUUCACACUGACACAAAAUACAUAUUAGUAGUGACAACAUCUUCUCCAAAUAUGACAGGAGACUUUUACAUUGAGACAUCUGGCCCAAAUAACAUUACUCUUGAUCCUUACACUCAAAUUCUGACUAGUUGUUUCAUCGGUCGAAAAUGUCAGUUCUACAAAAAAAGUAUUGGUGUCAUUCUCGAUGAUAUUUUACGUGACGAAAUUCGACCGAAUAUGACAAUAACUGAGCAAACAAUAACGGUGAAAGUCAGUGCCGCUUUAACAAUGAUUAUGCUUGCUGGAGGUUUAAUCAAUAGUAUUUUGUCUCUAUUAACAUUUCAAAAUAAAGAUCUACGACAAGUUGGAUGUGGCAUCUAUCUCUUAGCAUCAUCCAUUACUUCCUUUCUAACAAUCAGUAUGUUUACAGUGAAGUUUUGGUUUGUUGUUCUCACUCAAAUGGAUCUAUCGAUUCGUCUUUCCGUUGUUCGAGGAGGUUGUGUAUCGAUCGAACCACUUCUCAAGCUCUGCCUAUAUAUGGAUGCUUGGCUUAAUGCUUGUGUAGCUAUUGAAAGAGCGAUUCUCGUUUUCAAAGGAAUCAAAUUUAAUAAACAAAAUAGUCAACGGAUUGCUCGAUGGAUAAUUCUUAUUUUACCAUUGUGUAUCAUGGGUUCUAUCAUUCACGAACCUAUAUAUCGAGAAUUGCGCGAGAUAAAUACAGAGACGAGCAAAGGAGAUAUCGACAGAUGGUGUAUAACUCGUUAUUCUUCUUCUGUUCAACAAUACGAUACAAUCAUCCUAUUUUUUCAUCUUGUUGCUCCAUGUAUUAUCAAUCUUUGUUCUGCUUUAUUCAUCAUAUUUGGAUCAGCUCGACAACGAUCAGCAGCUCAGACAAGACAAACUCUAAGAGAACAUGUUUAUCAUCAAUUUAAUGAACACAAACAAUUAUUAAUUAGUCCGAUUAUUCUUCUAAUUCUGUCUUUACCUCGUCUAAUUAUGUCAAUGUUAUCGGAAUGUGUCAAUCCAUCGAAUCAUCGAUUGUUGUUUAUUUUUGGUUAUUUCAUUUCAUUUACUCCAUCGAUGCUUAUCUUUAUUGUUUUUGUCCUUCCUUCAGCAUUGUACAGAAAAACAUUUCAAGAAUCAUUCAGACGAUGGCGACGACAAAUUCGUCGAUAA